AUGGUGGCUGCCGGAGGCGGAGGCGGCGACGUAGGCGAGGCCCACCCCGAGGUUACGAUGAGAGGAGGCGGAGACUAUCCCUCUCGUGGUCGCUAUCGCCGCAGGCAGAUUCCAGAUCAAGCGGUGCCGUCCUCAAGCACCACGGCGUCUGCUUCAGGAUCAUCGGCUUUGGAAACACCAACACCAGCGGCACCAGGUUCCGGGCCAUUGGCGUCAGCCAGUUCUUCGACAGGCGGCUAUUUCAUGACGAGCCCUUACGGGGCGGAUCCUUCUAUGCCUGGGCCCUCGAGGAGAAUACCGAGGCCUAGACAAUCAGCACUUGACUUUGAGAGUUCUUUACCUCCAGUUCCCGAGCCUUCUUCUAACAUUGUCGAGAACACAACUCCCUCUGCCGGGAAUGUAGAUCGUCCAGCCAGACGAGACCGAGGAGACAGACCACGCGGCCUUAUCCAAUUUGCCAAAAAUGCACCAAGAAGAUCAGACUCGCCUCCCCAAGCGACAAGACGAGAGAGACGAGACAGAGGAAACAAGCCACCUGGACUUAUCCAGUAUGCAAAAAAUGCACCAAGAAGAUCAGACUCGCCUCCCCAAGAUACAAGACGUUUCUCCCGAUGGGGCAACGUUGCAAGGGGUUCAUCUUCCAAGUCUAGAUCUAUACGCGACGCACCGUUACCUUCGGAUACAAAGGUCUGGAGUACUGCGAUUGGUGCAAAAACUUGCACUGAGACACCUUCAACUUUGUUCAAAAGUAACAGGAAACCUCCGAUGAGGAAACCAAUUGAGCGUGUAGGCGAAACAUUGCUAGAUAUGGGCCACGAAGCUGGAGUUGAGGUGGAAAACAUGAUCAAGGAGAUGAAUGACAAGGCAGGGCAGCACUCGAGGGCAUCUGACGCUAUAAGGCUAUGCUCAACUGGUCAAAAGCAGAAACAGGUGUCCGUGCCCCUUUUGCCAAAGCAUAUAGACGAUUUAUAUUUGGCUCAUGACAUCGAUUAUCUCAAGAAAAUCAGAAAGAAUCCACCCCAGCCACAGCCGGCACCGCAUCCGGCAAAUUCACUCCAUUCGUCCAAUUCUUCCACUCAUCCAUCCCAGCAUCAUUCGUCAGCAUCAACGCAGCAGUCUCCGCGGGGGCAGCCUGCUCAGCCUGCUCAGUCGGCACCAGCGCAACCCUCUCCACGGGGGCAGCCUGCUCAGCCAGUGUCGGCGCAGCAGUCUCCACAGGGGCAGUCUGUUCAAAUGGCAUCAUUGAAAGGGUCGACGUCAGUAGUACAGGGACAAUCCGGUCGACCGCCGAAUCCACUUCAACCACCACAGCGGCAGCAGCAGCAGCAGCAGCAGCAGGAGGAGGAGGGAUCAUUGAAUCCUCACCAGCAACAACAUCGCACGCGAAUGCAACAGGAAGCCAACUUGUGGCCGCGGGCUCGCCUUGAGGAAGCCCUUGCUUUACAGACGUUGGCGUUCGUACCAGAGAUGGGUCCGGGGAACAACAUUUCAGCCUCCAACCAGGUGGAAAAUCUGGCCGACGUUGUGGAAUCGGCAGAAGACGGGCAUGAUGCGGAUGCGGCUGCAAAUGCAGAAGCGCCUGCCAACGCCGAGGGCGCGACCGUAGAGGACUCACCGUUUGGAAAAUUGAAGAAAUGGCUUCGAAAGAGUCAUUCAAAAUGAUGUAAAAGCAAGGAUGAUGAGGGGUUUGAAAUCAGCACGACGAGGGCGGGUUCACGGGACAGCAAGCUCAGAAAGCCCAGGCAGAUUAGCGAUUGGUUGGUUGAGUUGAAUUGAAGUAAUAGAGCGGUGGACUAUGGUCAUGUAGAUAUGGAUACAGUGAUUAGCGCAUGGCAAUAUGGCAUCUAGAUUUUCAGCCG